AUGUCUAUGUUUUGUGGCAUUAAAAGGGGCAACUUUAUGGUUGCAGAUUCUCAUCAAUGCAUCAAUACGCAUCUGUUAAAAACUUCUACCACUGAGUUGGUGGAAUUCACCCCUGACCGGAUCCCAGCAUACGCGAUCCUCUCCCACACCUGGGAGCACGAUGAGGUGCGUUUCACAGAUAUGCUGCAUCAAACGGCGGAAACAAGACAAGCAUGGCCCAAGGUCCUUAGUGCGAGCAAACAAGCGCUGGCUUGUGGGUACGAAUUUAUCUGGGACGACACCUGCAGUAUUGACAAGAGCAGCAGUGCUGAGCUAACUGAAGCGAUUUACUCCAUGUUCAUGUGGUAUGAAAAUGCAGCGAUCCGUUACGCGUAUCUUUCAGAUUACACAAUUGAUAGAGAUGUCAAUGCUCCUUCAGAGGUUAUUUUCUUCGCACAAGGCUGGGUCCAGGCUGGAAAGGAAAGUACAAUUACGAAAAGCCUGGCAGAGAUUACUGGUAUUAAAGUAAAUAUUCUAACUUGUGAGCACGCACUGGAUUCCAUGAGUACAGCUCAACGCAUCUCAUGGACUGCUGCUCGACAUACUACCCGACCUGAGGACAUGGCCUACUGCCUGAUGGGAAUAUUUUCCGAAGUGAUUAUGAAGCAAUCCGAUGAUCAGAAGAUCUUUGCUUGGACCUACAAAAGCGCGCAUCCGGAUGCUCUACAUGGAUUACUCGUGUCAUCCCCCGUGCAUUUCGUGGACUGCCAUGAUCUCAUAGCGUACCAAAAGUGGGGACCUACUCAGCCAUAUUCAAUGACUAACAAAGGCCUACGUAUCGACCUACCACUCGAAAAACAUGGGCCAGACACUUACAGGGCGUGGCUCUAG